CGACUCUAAGCAUAUCCAGCACAAUGGAGCCUAUGGAAGAAUAUCUCUGUGAGAUAAAAGAAUUAGUUAAUAACGCAAAUGCUGCUUCCAUGUCCAGUGAAGGGUGCUUGGAAUGGAACACUACUCUGAACGAUUCUCCCUCCAUGCUCUGUUUGGGCAAACUUAUCAUAUUGAUCAGACUCUUGGCCGACCGAUUUCAGGAAAAGUUUGGUCGUCACAGCAACCAGAUGGUCGGCAUUUCCAGAACUUUAACAAAAUGUAGAGGACAAAUUAAGAGACUUUAUCUGACACUUCCUUGGGGUCAGUUGGAAAUGCAAUUAAAUAAAGUUGUGGAACCAAGUUUUGUGCUUGCACUUAAUACUAUAUUUUCGGAGUUGGAGGGCGUCAUCAAAGAGCAUUUAGCCCAUACAGAAGCUGAAACGCAAAAGCCGGCUUUUCACAAACUGCAUUUAAAAAAAGCUAAUCUCUGGAAACCAAGUCCACCAAAAGAGCUUGGCAGAGGGGCGGCUCAGUUAAGAAAUGUUGAAGCGAAGAGGGAAUUGGAACAGAUUGAUCAUAAGCUAAUGCUGCUGAAAGAACAUACAUUGACCCGAAAAGCGAUUCUUUUUCAGCAUGCGGCCGAAAUGAAGUUUCAAAAGCAGCAGGAUCUCCUUUUGGAGCUAAGCAGUGAUCUGUCAGAAGAAAAACUAAAAUUGCAAGCAGCACUCAAAGAGAACUCUAGACUGGUGCAAGUACAACAGAAGAGCGGCCAAUCAUCCUGUCAAAAGAAAAAGGCUACACUAAAGGCAAUUUGCAAUGUUUCACCAAAGAGCUGUACGGCAACCGAAUCGCGUUCAUCGCUUAUAAACAAGCCAACUGUAGAGGAGAAUUACCCAGGAACAACGUUUGGCCAACGCCGGCAAAAACUGCUUCGCUGGUGUCAGGAGAAAACUAAGCCGUAUGGCCUACCCAUGUAUGAGUUCUCCACAUCCUGGCAGAGCGGCCACGCACUCUGUGCGAUAAUUCAUUCCUACCGCCCAGAACUGAUUGACAACAAAUACCUCAAGUGUAAGAACCGGCUGGAGACGUUGGAGUACGGGGUAAUGGUCGCUAAAUCUCUGGGAGUUCGGAGCCACAUUGAUUUCGUGUCUUUGUGUCUGCAAAAAAUACCCCAAAAUAUGAAGGUUUUCCAAUUCUUGACGGAGCUAUACAACUGCCUGGAACACAACAGUUGAAAGUGAAUUUAAUUGUAAAUAAUA